AUGCAUUUUAACAACAACAGAGCAGCAACACCUUUCUCAUUGUAUGAAACCCAAUGGGGCGCUCCUCGUUACAACAAGGCACCGUCAAAGGUGGUUUCGAUUCCGGUUCAUUUUGUUGGGUCUGAGAGAAACAGAAACGAUUCAGCAACAAAGAUUCAGAGAGUUGGAAGAGGGUUUCUUGUAAGGAAGAGUUUGAAGAAAAUGAUGAAGAUGAAGGUGGAGUUGGAGGAGAUUCAAAAGAAUGUCAAUAAUGAAGAAACUAUGAAUAUGAUGAAGAAGGAGCAAAAGGAGAGGAUAAGGAUCGGUGAAACUAUAAUGAAUUUGCUUCUUAGGUUGGAUUCUGUUAGAGUGUUCAAUUGUUCUACUCUUAGGGACUUGAGAAAGUUGCUCAUUAAAAGGGCCAUUUUUCUUCAAGAAUUUGUUGAUCAAAUUCAAAUGGUGGGUCCCAUAGAUGAGGUUGAAGAUGUUGAUGGUAAUUGUGAUGGAGUUAAAGAGAAUUGUUUGGAGAAGAAAGAGGUGGGGUGUCAGGAGGAACAUGAGGGAGGUAAGAAAAUUGAAGCUCUGAUGAAUGAAGAAGGAGAGAGUGACUGUGUGGGAGAAGAGGUGAAUUGUAUGGAGAAGGAAGAAGUGGGGUGUGAUGUGGAGAAUGAAGGAGGUGAAGAAAUGAAAUCUUUGGAGGAUGAAGAGAAGAAUGGGGAUGGUGGUGAGGUUAAAUGUGUAAGUGAGGAGGAGAAUUGUUUGAUGAAGGUAAGCGAGGAUGAGGGUCAAGAUGAGGAUGAAAAGAAGAUGAAUGAAGAAGAGAAAGAGAGUGUUGGAUCAAGUUUGAUGGAGGAAGUAAUUGAGGAGGAUAGUGUGGAUGUGAAAGAAGAGGAGGUUAGAAAUGUAAUUGGAUGUGAGGAGGAAGAGGAGGAGAAUAGGGAAAUGUUGAGAAGGAUGAUGGGUGAUAAUGAGAAGAUGAUGAAUAUGAUGACACAAUUGUUUGAGAGGAAUGAGAAGCAAACAUCACUCCUCACAUCUCUAACACAAAGGGUGGAGCAGCUUGAGAGAGCAUUCACUUGCGACAAGUUGAAGAGGAAGAAUAAAAGGAGAAGAAAUGUUGAUGCCAAACAUAGAUAUAAUUGUUGCAUAUGA